AUUGCGGCGGCAACGAGCAUUCGCGAAAAUUUUAUUCGUGUUUGGGAGUGAUUUAACAGAAAGACGGAAAAUUUCUAAAAUUUGAUAAAGAAUUGUUAAAGCCAUUGAAAAUAAGUGCUAUUUGUUACAAAAUCCGGAACACUCCUUUGAAACAAUUAUAAUUUGAAUUGCUCGAAUUCUUUAUACCAACGCAUACAAAUCGGCUGUAAAUUUCACAACUUGCAAGCAAGCAGCUGCACAGGAAAAACUCGUGUGCGGCGGUAUUUUCUUUUUGUCUGCUGUUUGUUUCCCAGCAAUUGUUUAGAAGCGUCUAAUAAAUAAAAGCCCAGCAGUAAAAAUGUAUAAAACCAAAAAAGAUAUUGAUGCCCAAGUUCGAACUGUUUUCGCUAAAAUAAAAUCGGAACAUGAGCGCAACUUACGUGGAUACACCUUUGCAAAAUUUUAUUUUAAAAUCAAUGAAUAUGCUUCGGCCGAACAGUAUCUUUGUUCAUAUCUAUCGGUUAAGGAAGACAAUGAUCAGGCCCACAAAUUAUUGGGUCAAUGCUACCAGCGGCAGAAAAAGACCGAAAAGGCCUUACAAUCUUUUCAACGUUCACUCCAACUGAACCCUAAACAACAUGAUGUUCUCAUUGAAGUCUGUCAAUUGUUACUUGAGGAUAAAAAUCUGAAUUGCAAUAAAGCCAAAUACUGGUGUGAACUGGCUGAAUCGGAAAAGGUUCAGCAUGAUGCAGUAUUCUCAUUGCGGCUCAAACUGAUGAACAAGGACAACAUCGAGGCCAAUCAAGUUGAGGCCUUAUUGCAAAAAGAGAUUUCCAACAAACCCAACGAUGUUCAUUUGAGAGUAAGAUUGGUCCGUUACUAUGUCGAACAGAAUCAAAUAUUGGAUGCUUUCAAAUACGUGCAUAAACUGGAAAUGAAACAAAAAGACGAGUUCGUUAACAGCAGCGAAUGGUACAAUGUUGUUUGGUUGGUGCUCAACAAGUAUGAACAAAUGCCAAAUACAAAGAAAGACUGGGAUUUCUGGUUGCUGUUGGCCAUCUGCUUGGAACGUCAAGUUCAGAUUUCUUUCCUCAUGACAUCGAAUUCCUCUGUGGUGGGAGGCGGAGUUACCGAAACUGCAAAUUUGCUAUUUCAAUUCGACCAAUAUCUGUUUAAAAUUUCUCAAAUAUCGGAUAAAUUGUGCGCCCAGAAGGAAUUGGUUGAAUUGUUUUUGGCCCACUACCGAGGACAGUUGCUUUUACAUGCCAGUGCCUUAAUAUUCAAACGAGAAUUGUUGCAGAAUAAAAAUAAAUGGAAGGAAGCGGCGCGCGCUGCAUUGCCCUUGCUCUUGUUGUCAUACCAAGAAAAUUCUGCUGACAAAAAGGAACCGUGGAUGAAGCACUGCGAUGAGGAUGCAAACCAGUUGAUUGCUGUGUGGCAACGGGAAGGAUCGUUCCGUUGUGCUCAAACUGGCAGAACUUUGCUCUCAUGUAUUCAAGAUGACGUUAACGCCAACAAAGAAAACUCCCAUAACGUAAAUAAUUUGCUGCGAAAUCAACCAUCUACGCUGUGGAGCAGUGGCGACGAUUUACUGGCACAGGUCAGGCAAAUUUGCUGUGAUCGUCAAUGGAGGCGCAACGUGUUCGCUCUUUUGUUCUGUAAUAGCGACCAAAAAGUCAAGGAACAAACAUCGCUCUUUGCGAAAUGUGAGAAAUUUAAUGAACCCCUCUACGAACUGCCAACAUACGCUGACCUCGAAACUUAUGAAGAAUCCGCCCAAUACCAUAGACCUCAAUCACUACAGCACAUGGUCUACUUAUGUUUAGGAAAUGAUAAUCUGGCCUAUGUACGUGCCAAGUACUUCAGUGGAUUAAAUUUCUCGACACAAAAUCUGUUAUUCUGUGGAGCGGAGUCAUUGAAUCAAUUGGAUGUGGAAAGUUUCCUGUAUGCUGCCACAAUACAGGCAAAGAGAGCAUUGGAAGUGGACCGCGAAGCUUUUGACAGCUAUCAAUCGGGUAAUAGUUACGCAGCUGGUCGACCGAAAAUACUACCCUUUGUCAACUUGCAACACCAACUAUGUUCUGAAGAACAAUGUCAGUGGUGGAACAGUGCAUAUUUGGUCUAUAAGAACCUCAGUAAUGGCAGUAAUUUGGCUGAACUUCGAGCCAAUCUACAAUAUGGAAUUGAGGCUGUUCGUGGUAUUAACGGGCCAAAAUUGGAUAUGGCAAUUGUAUUUAAAUUGGGCCAGAUAUUUGUGGCUAGAGCUCAGGAUAUUGUGAAACCAGUCGAGAAGGCAUUCCUUGAGGCAAGGGCUGAGUCGAUUUAUAGACAUGGUCUUAAUAUGAUGAAGAUGCACAAUAAAGCUGUGCUUGAGCCAUUCCGAAAGUACUUUAAGUAUGCCAAAGCUAAUACAGCAGCCAUUGAAAGAGAAGUCGCGUCCAUGGCUGAAGAUGCUGUGUCGUAUCUAGCAACACGUUACUUCAAAAAAUCCGAAUACGAAGACUUAAUAGAAGAACUGUCAGGCAUUCAACUUCCAUAUGCUACAUAUUUGCAAGCCGAAGCCUAUCGAAAAUUGGACGAAGCCAGUAAAACGCCCAAGAAAAGCAAGCGUUUAUAUUUGGACCGUGCUUCGGAUUGUUUAAACCAAACAUUGGCUUUAUUAAAGAGCAGUGCCCACGCAGAUCCCAAUCACCCUCUAAAUUCCGUCAUUCACGACGAAAUUAAGAGGCUUCAGCAAGCUUCCAAUCGCUUCCUAAGUGAUUCUUCGAAUAACUUCAGUCCCAUUACUGGACAUAACAAUUCUAGUACCUAUGAAGACGCAGAGGCUGAUUUUUAUGCCGAAAAUUCCAUGCUGCCGCCAGCUAGCAUAUUGAACUCGAACCGCUCAAGACGAGAUACCCUUCCCAAUAAUGCUAUGCUCUUGCAACAGAAUCAAGAAUUGGAGAAUUUAGUAAAGCAAAUGGCCUCGAACCUAACAAUUCAGAAAGAUGCCAUUGUUGAUGCUCUUAAAACGGAACUUCGUGAAGUGACCAAAGAAAUUACAGUGCUGAAGGAGAAAAUGUCAAAUUUGGAAGAUGCCAUCAAAAAGGUUCGAAUUUCUUCAAAUCCUCCCUCAAGAGACGAUGCCUCCAAUGUCCUGGACGAUUUGUACAUCAUUGAGGAGACUUUACAGCAGCAAAUGUAUCCCCAACAACCACAGCAGCAGCAACAACAUCAGACUAAUCAAUAUGGCCCUGGAUCGGUAAGCGGAGGUCCUGGUAACAUGUUGGUCAAUUCCCCAUUUAUGGCACAGCAACAGCGCUUACAGGCUGCAGCAUACAACAGCCCAAUGUUUCCUCCCACGCCGAAUUAUCCUCUUAACUUCUAUGGUCAUGCUCCACCGUAUAUGAUGGCUCCCCAGAGUGGCGGUCCGCAAAGUUUGGGUGCUGGUAGGAAUACUGGCUUACCUACUAUGCCGCCAUAUUUAGAUCCCACAGUGCCACCCGGUGGAAUGAACUUCAAUAUGCCACCGCAGUCCACUCCACUUUUGCCGCCACCUAACCAGCCUCCAAACAUGGGAGGUGCAACAGAUCCCUCAAGACCAAGCAACUUGUACAAUCUUCUACAACAACCCCCCGUUGCAAUGACCCCAACAUCUAUUGCUACAUCUGGAAUGCAACCUCCAUCAUUCUCAACUCCCUUGAGUCACAACAUGGUUGCACCUCCCCAAUCAGGAAGUGCUUUGGCUCCUCCACAACAACCUACCACCGCGCCCAUAUCCUUUAAUAAGGCUCUGAAUAGUCAGCCAGUUGAAAAGGGUCCACCAGCCAAUGUCGUCAUUACCAGCUCUGACCCAUUACCAAAUCCCAACAGUAUUUCCAUGCAAACUCAACAACAAGCACCGCUCAGUGUGACCAUACCGUCACAUCAUAUCAAAGGCAGUUUGGUUAGUCAACCAACUGAGCCGUUCUCAGGACAAAUUGCUAGUGGUAUCAUCCCAGUUAAUAAAUCGACGACAACCACGUCCGCUGCUGUAGCUCCAGCAAGCACAGCUACAUCCACAAACAUAUUUGGAUCGACUACCGCAAUUACAUCGUCAACAUUCAGCUUCAAACCACAUAUAGCCGCUGCAACAGCUGCUCAAAUGAACAGCUCAGCUAAUGAAGUCAACACAACUUUGAAUAAGACGACCGAAAGUGUAGGCAGCGAUUUCAAUAAGUCUGGUGCAGAAGAUGCCGAAUAUGAUCCACGCCCAGAUUUCAAACCCAUUAUCCCCUUGCCAGAUGAGAUAGAAGUGCGUACAGGCGAAGAGGACGAGGAAGUUAUGUUCUGCAGCAGAGCCAAACUGUUCCGUCACGUCGAAAAGGAGUGGAAGGAACGUGGUAUCGGCGAUAUUAAAAUUCUUAAGAAUAAAGAUGGCUCAUCGCGCAUUCUCAUGCGUCGCGAUCAAACUCACAAAAUAUGUGCAAAUCACAAGAUUACUCCGGAACUGAUAUUGACUGUACCCAAUAAGGAGACCAAAGGCUUUAUAUGGGCGGCCAACGAUUUUGCUGACGAGGAAUUGCGUUUGGAGAAAUUCUUCGUCCGCUUCAAGGUCCCCGAUGUUGCCAAGGAGUUCCAAGAAGCUUUUAAGAAGGCCCAAAAGGAAGCUGAGUCCUUGGCUUCUAACAAACCUGAGGCCGAUAAAGCAAAACCAGUGGACACCGCAGCCAAAUCUAGCGCCCCAUUCUCCUUGGCAAAAUCAUCAACAACCAAUUUUGCCACAAGUACCCCUUCUCAGCCUAAACCAAUUUUCGGACAGACCCUCACCGCGUCAUCUGCACCAUCGACAACAGUUGUGUCCAGCACCGCUUCAACAACUCCGGCCUCCAAAUCAUUAUUUAGUGGUCUAAAUCUCUCAACCAAAACAACCAGCACUGAAUCGACGGUUAAAACUACAACUACGACAGCAUCGCCUUUUGCUAGCUUCUCUUUUGGAACUUCUGCAGCUUCUACAACUGGCAGUACCAAUACUACUGCAUCUGUUCCCACUACAACAGCAGCGGCAGCCUCACCAUUCGCAAGUAUAUUCUCCAAUCUCAAUAAAUCGCAAACAUCGCCAUUUAGUGCACCUCUAGCUACAAUGGGUUCCACAGCGUCUCCUAGUGUCGGUGCAAAUGACUCGACGAAUGCAGCAGCUUUAAACAAAUCUACUGCUUCUGAUGGCGAAGAUGAAUAUGUUCCCACAGCUCAGUUUAAGCCCGUUAUUCCCCUGCCAGAGUUGGUGGAAGUAACUACAGGAGAAGAAAACGAAACUUGUCUGUUCGAACACCGAGCCAAGCUUUUACGCUUCGACAAGGAAGCAGGUGAGUGGAAGGAGAGAGGUUUGGGCAACAUAAAACUAUUGCAAGAUAAGGAUGACAGCAACAAAGUGCGCUUGGUAAUGCGACGCGAGCAAAUCCACAAGCUGUGUUGCAACCAACGUAUCUACAAAGAUACCCAUUUCAAGUAUGCCAAAAAUUCGCAGACAGCUGUAUCAUGGGCCGGGCAGGACUAUUCUGAAAACGAAUUGGUUACAGAAAUGUUGACGGUUCGCUUUAAGCUUCCGGAAACUUGCAAACAGUUCCUGGAUGCCAUUGAAAAAGUACAAGCCCAAAUGUCUGGAGACAGUGUUGAGGCCAAUAAGGACAACAAAUCGACUGAUAAUAAGUCCGUUACAAAGGGAUUCGGCGAUGCGUUUAAACCGAAGGCAGGCUCUUGGUCAUGUAAAGACUGCUACACUUCGAAUACAGCAGAAACUUUGUAUUGUGUGGCUUGUGAUUGUCCAAAGGAUGAUACUGUGCCCAAAAAGGAGGUGAAAUCCAAUGUGUUGGCCACUAGUGGUAAAACAACAUUCAGUUUUGGAUUUGGUGCAGCUGCUUCACCAGCUCAGGCAGCAGCAACUGCUGCUACUGUGGCGCCGGCCACUACAAAGUCUACAUUUACUUUUGGUAUUCCAGCCACUGGCGCAGCAAACACUGGUGCCGGAGGAGUUGCUUCCAAACCCGCAACUGAGUCUAAACCUGCAGUUCCAAAAGAACCAACCGCAGGCUUUGGUGAUGCUUUUAAACCAAAGGCUGGAUCAUGGACAUGCCAAAGUUGUUACCUUUCCAAUACUGGUGAUGCCAUUUACUGCAAAGCUUGUGACGCUCCCAAAGAUGACACUGUGCCCAAAAAAGAUCCUGCGGGCUCGAACAAUGUACUAAAUUUAUCAAAUCCCUCGCAGAAAUUCAGUUUUGGUUUUAACGCCGCUGCUGCAACCACGACAACCCCUAAAACGGAACCGGCAACAACAAUUAAACCUGUUAGCGGUGGCUUCAGUUUCGGUGCAACUCCUGUCACUACAGCCGAUAGUACACAAACAUCGUCGUUCUCAUUUGCCCCUCCUACAGCCACCUCGACCGGGCUCACCACCGAACAACCUGGUAGCACACCACUUGGCAAGGCAACUUUCAGUUUCAGCCUAUCUUCAAAAGCAAUGGAAUCGCCUGCAAUGCCUACAUCUAACAAUGCAGGAGAUUCAGGGACAAAUGCCUUCUCACUAGACAAAAAGGAGUUUAGUUUUACCUUUAAGCCGAAGAGCCCUGGCAAGACUGGAAAAAGUCCGUUAAAACUAGGCGGUGAUGCUGAUGACGGUGAUGAUGGUGAGGGCGAAUACCAUGAGGAGGAAGAAAAUAACACAUACUUUACGCCAGUAAUACCAUUGCCCGAUAAGGUUGAAGUUAAAACCGGCGAAGAGGACGAAGAUCCGUUGUAUGUUCAUCGUGCCAAAUUAUUCCGUUUUACCGAGGGUGAAUGGAAGGAAAGAGGUCUUGGCAAUGUAAAAAUUCUACGCCACAAACAAACGAAGAAGCUACGCGUUGUCAUGAGACGAGAGCAGGUUCUGAAGAUAUGUCUCAAUCACGUACUCAAUGAAGAUGUCGACUACAAACGCAAAGACGAAAAGUCCUGGCUGUUUGUUGUCAACGAUUUUAGCGAAGGUGCAGUCGAAUUGGAACAAUUUUCGUUGCGAUUCAAAACCAAGGAAAUUGCUGAAGAAUUCAUGACAGCAGUUAAGAAAGCUUUGGAUGGAACUGCAGAAGUCAUAGAGGCGCCAGCCAACACUUCAAUCACAACACCUACAAAUACAAGUGCACCGGCCAGCGCUUUAAAUAUUUCCGAUGAAGACAAAAAGACCGCAGACAAAUUGAAAUUGCCAUAUGAAUUCUUUACAGCUAAACCAACUUGUACAGGAUGCCGAGGUUGCGAUCCCGACAAAUUUGUGUUUGCAGAAAUAAAGACGAGCGAAAAGUUUGUCAGUCCCGACGAUAGCAAGAACCCGCUUGAGCUAAUGGAACUGCCGGAAUUAUCGCUCCUAAACAAGUCUUCGAAUCGCACGAUCCUUAAACAAAGUGCGUUGUCACCACUAUCUGCAAAAACCGAGACUACCAAAAUAAAUGAGAGUAUCUUCAGCGGCUUUGGAGGAGCUAAUUCCACUGCGUUUGGUGCUCCUGCGGGAGAAAAGACUUCUAAUGCCACAUUUUCAUUUGCCGCAGCACUGAACAGUACGACUAAACCCCCAGAAGAAACGAAGACAACAGCGGGCUCAGGGGGAUUCUUGUUUGGCAGUGGAUCAGCUUUGGGAGGAGGUUCGACUACAGCAACAACCGGUUCCAUAUUCGGCGGGGCUUCCCAGGAAAGCAAAUCUCCAUUUGCAGUUAAAACAAAUCUAUUCGGUGGAUCUAACACUACCAGUAGUAAUACCGCUGUUGCGGAUUCCACAACAGCCGGAACGGCUGCCACAAAAUCCAUAUUUGGUGGUUCUGCCACAACAGGAACAUCGUCCGGUUCAAUAUUUGGCGGCAAGCCUGUAUUUGGAUCUGGUUCACCUGCUUUUAACACCUCAGGCAGUGCAGACACCACAAAAUCUAUCUUUGGCACAUCCGCCAACAAUACCACCCAAAGUGUUGGAAGUGGUACAUCAAUAUUCGGCUCCUCGGCCACAACAAAUAAUAGUGGAUUCGGCGGAUUUGGUUCUACACAAGGCUCAAUAUUCGGAUCAAAUGCACCAACAUUUGGUAGCAUUGCUAAAGAUGCUGGCACUAAGCUGACAACGCCAAGUGCAUCGACAGGAACGGCGUUUGCAGAUCUAUCUAAGACUUCCACAGCUGCCAUAGAUUUUGCCAGCCUUGCAGCCAAAGCAGACAGUCAGUCGUUGUUGGGAAAAUCUGAAAAACCUGGCCCUGGUGGCUUUAUAGGUUUAACAAAUCAAGAUGCGUUUUCAAGUUUCAGCAAACCUCUCAAAGAUGCCGACACAUCUGCCAGCAAAUCAAAAGCUAACGAGUCUCAAAAGAGCAUUGAUGGUGGUGCUGGAGGCGACGAUGCCGGCGGUGAAAAUGAUGAAAAUUACGAUCCUCAUUAUGACCCCAUUAUAGAGUUGCCAAAUGAAAUCGUCGUCACAACAGGCGAAGAAGAAGAAACUAAAAUUUUUGGAGAACGAGCAACACUCUACAGAUAUGAUGCCACAAACAAGGAAUGGAAAGAAAGAGGUGUUGGCGAAUUAAAACUUUUAAUGCAUCCCGUUAAGCAAUCCUAUCGUUUGGUAAUGCGCCGCGAGCAAAUACAUAAAUUAGUACUCAAUCAUGCCAUCACCGGUGACUUUCACUUUGCGAAUAUGAAUAAUAAUCCGAAGAGUUUUGUUUGGGCCACCAUGAAUUAUGCCGAAUCGACAGAAGGAGAAUUGGAGAAGCUGGCAGUACGCUUCAAAAAAGUUGAAUUGGCAGAAAAUUUCAGUGCUAAACUAAAGGAGUGCAUAGAUAAAUGUAAACAACGUGAAACGGGUGAAAAAUAGGAAAAAUCGUGAAUUUUAGUGUCAUUAAAAGAUUCUAUUCAGAAGCUAUUCUGAUUGUUAGCACACACACACACUAACGAUGGCAUGGUGUAUUAAUAAUAUUUUCUGUAGCCCGAUAUCGGAUUUUUGCUAUGCGGCGGCAAGAAUGAACUUUGUAUUUAGUCGAUACAUGUUAAUUUUUUUUUUGAAUAAGUUUAAUUUAAUUUGUAUCCAUUUGUAGUUUUUAUUAUUAAUAUAAGACUUGUCGAUUGUUUACUGGCCAAGAAGAAUAUUGUCCACAAAUUUAUGUUCCAAAAAUGUUGUAUCAAUAAUCUUCUCAUUCAUCAUCUUAUUUGUAUGUUUUGGAAUACGGAAUAUGUUAGUUUUAGAAAUCCCCUGUUGAAAUUCAAAUUUAUGUUAUACAUAACAACUGCAAAUACCAAUAAAAACCAGAAGAAAAGAAAAUAAUAA